GAAACAUACAUGCACUGAACGACAAUGCUUGUGUUACUUAUCCGGCCAAUGAUCUCGUCUCUUUGUUCUCGUAGAUGUUUACCGGAGACAAAGACUCGCUGAUACGAUAACAACCUCGAUCAACAGCCCUCGGCUCAGUCUGAGUUCUCUCAGUUACUGCGUCUGCCUGGUAUCACCUACUUGCACUAUUACGACUACUGAACUCGACACGUCACGCACAGCUUGGUGCACAUGCUGUGAUUCGGCCAUUUUGACACUAUCUGUGGUACAAGAAGAGGCAACAGCAAAUCUAGGCCUCAUUUCAUUCAUUUCGAAGUGCUUUUUGGAAGUGUUGAAACGGUCUCCCAGAGUUGCAUUCCUCAGAACAAAGUUCUCAGCGAGACAUCCUAGACUGCUUACAUAACAAGCUCUCCCAUCUACCAGUCCCCAGGGUCCAGGUAAACUCUUGGCCCUCAACAAGGUUCACUCUUAUUUCGGGCGAUUGAGGCUAUUCGCUACGCCGACAGGGAAGGGAAGGGAAGGGAAGGCUGGGCUGCAGAGAGGGCUCCCAGUCCCGAAGAAGUCCAACAAUUCACAACCAUACCAACAUCUGUAUCGACUUUGUCACAAUACCACCGAGCACACAGCCUACUUUCCCACCUAUCCCCGCCUUGCUUCUUCACCAUCUACGCUUAACCUUAUUGCCUGAAGGAGAGGAGGUGGGUUUCGAAAACGUCCAUCACGUGUGCGGUUGCCGGUCUCAGUUCCACCCAGGCCGGUCCAAACCCCUCCAGCUCGCUCUCGCUCUCGCUCUCGCCCCGGCCGUCUUCGUCUUCGUCUCUUGUCAGCUCCACGGGCCACCACAUAACUUCACCACAACCUUUCAUCUCAGGGGUCACACCAACCUUCGGAACGCUGCAUUAAGCACGAACCCUCGAACCCGCAUACUCAAAGCCAUUGUUCUUUGUCCUCACCAACCAUACAGUCAUUCCUCUCCGAUCCUUUGACUUGCAUUCUGUCUCAUCGAGAGUGAGAGUCACGCGCGAUACGGAGCUGAGCGCUCGCUGAAUGCGCGAUGGGGAUUACCAGCGACGAGAUGCCGGCUAUGCAUGUCGUUGUUUUGGGUGCUGGUGGUGGUCCCGAUGAAGCCAAUACUACUGCCUUUCUUGUUCGCCCCACAGCUGCUGGAUGGAGCAAAGGCAGUGUUCUGGGUGUUGACGGUGGUGUCGGUAUCUCAAAGAUGAGAAAGAUCCUCAAGAAACACAAGAUGAUCGUUCGUUCCAAGAACGGAAAGCAGACCAGUGGAUCUACUUUGAUUGAUGGACCUUUUGAAGGACUAGACUUACCCCACGUCAGCCCCGGCGCAAAUGCAAGAUACAUGUAUGUUGAACUGAUUGACGCAUUUCUGUUCACGCAUCCUCACAUGGAUCACAUCGCUGGUGCUGUUGUCAAUACUGCGGUCAAUGGAUUGACUAGACAGAAACGCUAUGCUGGUUUGCCCACUACUAUCGAGGGUCUAAAGAACCAUGUUUUCAAUGGUGUUAUUUGGCCGAAUCUGACCGAUGAGAAUAAUGGUGCUGGAAUGGUCAGCUACGUCAGACUAGUCGAAGGAGGAUCCCCAGCAUCUGGAGAGGGCGAUAGUAAAGGUUAUGUAGAGGUGGUUCCUGGCCUGGGAGUCAAGGCUCUUGGAAUCAGUCACGGCACUUGCAUGGAACGUCACCCUCGCCGUGGAUCAACCCCAUUACCCUCACCAUCUCAUGGCGACAAUCAACACCUCGGCUCACCCUUCCCAAAUACCCGUAUGGCUCGAAGCGACUCCAAUGCUUCCACUUUCGAUCCUUCCGUACCCAGACUUAGUCUCAGCACUCAAACCAUACAGUGCGUCUAUAAUAGCACCGCGUUCUUUAUUCGAGACACAAAUAGUGGCAGAGAGAUCAUCAUAUUUGGUGAUGUAGAGCCUGACUCGAUUUCGAUGUUGCCAAGAAACGAGAAUGUCUGGGCUCUGGCUGCGCCAAAGAUUGCUUCUGGUCACCUAACAGCAAUUUUUAUCGAGUGCUCGUAUGAUGACAGUCGUGAAGAUGACCAGCUUUUCGGACACAUGACGCCUUCUCACUUGAUGGUGGAGUUGAAGAAACUUGCGGACAUGGUAGCUCGAAAUAGCGAUAAUGAGUUGCGCAGUAAGGCUAUGUCACCAAAGAGAAAGCGAGCCAGCAAUGGGAACAACCCAACACCAACGACAAAAUCAUUACGCCAAGUAUCACCAGUCCGAUCUGAUAGUCCUGGUAGACAGACUGUGUUUCGAUCGCCUCCCAAGUUCGACCAGAAUUUCGCCAGACCUGGACGAAGAAGUGCAUAUUCUGGACCUUCUAAGGCACAAGCUGGUAGCAAGCCCCCAAGCGAUAAAGCUGCGGAUAAGUCUCCACGCCCAUUAGAGGGUGUCAAAAUUGUUAUCGCGCACAUCAAGAACGAACUUGAUGAUGAGAGGGAUGCUCCCGACAUCAUUCGAAAGCAACUUCUUGACCUGGAGAGAGAGGCCGGUCUGGGCUGCGAAUUCAUCGUUUCUCAUUCCGGUCAAGCAUUGUACUUCUAAGCCGCCUGUACAUUGGAGUUAAGGUCUACGAGGACGGGGAGAGUGAGUGGUCAGGUUUGGUGUAUAUAUGGAUGUACUGUAUUGAAAGCGUGGCGUUGUGGGUCUGGUUUUGCUAUACUCUGGAUUGGCGUUAUGUCAUCGAGUAUGGGGGGAUGGCUGUUAUGGAGUUUAAAGGCGGUGGAUGCGGUGGAUGCGGUGGAUGCGGUGGAUGCAUCCGAUUCUUUAUGUAAGCUAGAGCAGUAGAGUCAGUGAAUCGAAUGGACGAACCGGUUUU